UCCACAUAUCGGAGCCCUAUCUGCAGCGAUGAUGCUAUCCUUGUUAUCUAGGUCUGUAGCUGUGGUGAUCAUGUUAUGCAUCUUUAGACAAGCUAUUGGGGGUAAGCUGCUUGUUAUUCCUACAGAUGGAAGUCACUGGCUCAGCAUGCGUCCUGUGGUAGAGAGACUGGCACAGAAUGGGCACAAAGUUGUGGUUUUGACAGGUGAAAGCAGCUUAAACAUUGGUGAAUCUGAUCUAUAUACUACGAAGACUUUCCCCAUCCCAUACAGCAAACAACACUUAGUAUCUGUCUUAGAAAAGUUUGGACGUGAUCACUUUAAUCCAUCUUAUAUCCCAGCGGUUACUAAGUUUAAUAGUAUGCGGGAAAUAUUGAAAAUUGUUCUCAAAUCUUGUGAAAUCUUAUUAUCUAACACCGAAUUAAUUCAGAAUGUCAAGGAUGAAAAGUUUGAUGCUCUUCUCACUGAUCCAUUUUCAAUGUGUGGCAUGAUACUAGCUGAAUACCUUGAUGUGCCCAAUGUGAAUUUCUUAAGAGGACUGCCCUGUGCCCUUGACUAUUCUAGUGCACAGUGUCCAAAUCCUUUUUCAUAUGUGCCUAGAGUUUUAACUCAGUACUCAGACAAGAUGACAUUUGCCCAGCGUGUGAAGAACGUAUUGGUCAUGAUGCUGGAGCCUUACUAUUGUGGACUUUCAUUCUUGCCAUGGCAGAAAAUGGCUUCAAAUUUCCUGAAGAAAGAAGUCACCCUUGUGCAGCUUUUCAGCAGAACUUCUAUCUGGCUCUUGCGAUAUGAUUUUGUCUUUGAGUUUCCAAGACCUGUAAUGCCUAACAUGGUGUUUAUUGGAGGCAUCAACUGUAAAUCAAAGAAACAUCUACACAAAAUGGAAGUCACUGGCUCAGCAUGCGUCCUGUGGUAG